AUGGGUAUCACUGAGAAGCUGAGCCGCAAGUCCGGUGUCAUCGUCGGUGACGACGUCCUCCGUCUCUUCGAGUACGCUCAGGAGAAGCAGUUUGCUAUCCCCGCCAUCAACGUCACCUCCUCCUCCACCGUCGUCGCUUCCCUCGAGGCCGCUCGCGACCGAAAGUCCCCCAUCUGCCUGCAGGUCUCCCAGGGUGGUGCUGCUUACUUCGCCGGCAAGGGUGUCAGCAAUGACGGCCAGGCCGCCUCCAUUGCCGGUGCCAUCGCCGCUGCUCACUACAUCCGCGCCAUUGCUCCCACCUACGGCGUCCCCGUUGUCCUCCACACCGACCACUGCGCCAAGAAGCUCCUCCCCUGGCUCGAUGGCAUGCUGGAUGAGGAUGAGCGCUACUUCAAGCUCCACGGCGAGCCCCUCUUCUCCAGCCACAUGAUCGAUCUGUCUGAGGAGCCCGUUGACUGGAACAUCUCUACCACCGCCGCUUACCUCAAGCGUGCUGCCCCCAUGAAGCAGUGGCUCGAGAUGGAGAUCGGUAUCACUGGUGGUGAGGAGGACGGUGUCAACAACGAGGACGUCGACAACAACUCCCUGUACACCCAGCCCGAGGACAUCCUGGCCAUCUACAAGGCCCUCGCCCCCAUCUCCCCCUACUUCUCCAUUGCCGCUGGUUUCGGUAAUGUCCACGGUGUGUACAAGCCCGGCAACGUCCGCCUGCACCCCGAGCUCCUCUCCAAGCACCAGGCCUACGUCAAGGAGCAGCUCAAGUCCCAGAAGGACAAGCCCGUCUUCUUCGUCUUCCACGGUGGCUCCGGCUCCUCCAAGGAGGAGUACAAGGAGGCCAUCAGCUACGGUGUCGUCAAGGUCAACGUCGACACUGACAUGCAGUACGCCUACCUCUCUGGUGUCCGUGACUACGUCCUGAACAAGAAGGACUACCUCAUGACCACCGUCGGUAACCCCGAUGGCGAGGACAAGCCCAACAAGAAGUACUUUGACCCCCGUGUCUGGGUCCGCGAGGGUGAGAAGAGCAUGAGCAAGCGUACCCAGGUUGCGCUUGAGGACUUUAACACCUCCAACCAGCUGUAA